AUGCUUCAGAAUGGUUUCAAUAUCAAUACAAUUAAUAUUAUCCUUUGGUAUUGUAAAAUCCGCUAUUAUUUGUUCUAUGUUUUUGUUGCUGUUCCACGUUAUUAUAUAAUUUUGGCAUCGGUCGACCGUUAUUUUGCCAGUUGUUCUGAUAUUUAUUGGCGUCAAUGGAGUUCAUCAAAGAUCGCCAUGCGAUUAAUUAUUGGUAGUUUUAUAUUUUGGUGUUUAAUGUACAUUCAGGUUCUUGUCUUCUAUGAAAUUCAAGAUGAUAUCUGCUCAUAUAGAUAUGAUGCUUAUGGAAUUUUCUUCAGCAUCUAUCUAUCGAUAGAAAGUGGAAUAUUACCACCAUUGAUAAUGCUUAUUUUUGGAUAUCUCACCAUUAAAAAUAUUCGACAAAGCAAACGAAGAAUAAGACCAUUGGCAGUAGUUGCUGCUGUUCGACCUGCAAUAUUUACUGGAAUGUCAGGAAAAGAUUUACAAUAUUCUAAAAUGUUAUUUAAUCAAAUAUUGCUUUGGACUUUUUUAAAUACUAUUAAUCCUUGUGUCCUUCUUUAUCAAACAAUAACAAUAAAUGAUACAAAAUCAUCUUUUCGGCUAACAGUUGAAACAUUUGUUAAUAAUAUGACUUAUAUGUUUAUUUAUCUGGAAUUUUCUUUAACAUUUUUUGUAUAUACUUUAUCAUCAUCAUUAUUCAGAUAUGAAUUCAAGCAACUAAUUCAAAAGAAAAUAUUACAUCGUUUUGUACCAAAUGCGACUGUGAGCAAUGUCACAUAA